GAUAAUCGGUUCAAAAUUAAAUAACAGUCAUCCGAGAAAACGUAACAUUUACUCUUAUAGUAUAUUUUACUAAAUUAUACAGUUACAUAAUUCAAAUUUAUUUAUAGUUUUUUUUCAUUUAUAAUUACUUAAUAAUAUGUUAAGAAAUAUUAAGCCUCAUUAUUUUUCAAUUGACGCUAUUAUGGCAGCUCAAGAAAAAAUACCUUGUAGAUUCACCAAAAAAAUAGACUCUAUUGGUUUUCUAGACUUUAAUGUACCUGAAAAAGAAGAUGAUGAAUCUGAUCAAAAAGUUGAACUUCCAUUGUGGAUGGUAAAAGUAUUUCUAAUCCAAAAAUCAGUUCAAUUUGAUAUGCCCAAAGCUUACAAUGAAAUAUACAGAGGUGUCCUGACGGCAGAUCCAAGUGUAGUUGAUUUACAAAAGUUAUGUAAACAUUUUUAUUUGUUUGGGAAAUUUUUAUCUCAACUAGAACAUAGAGAGUCAUAUGAAGUCCAACAAGUAUUGAUUUAUACUUUUACAAAUCGAUUUAAACAAAUUAUGGAUUGGGCACAAAAUAUUGAAGAUAAUCAACCAUGUUUUAACAAACUUGAUUGUAUAGAACGAAAAAUAUUUGAUGAUGCACGUGUAGCUCAACAACAACUAAAUACAUAUUUGUUAGAAGGAUCUGGACAAAUGGAAAUUGCAUCCAUGAUAUUAAAUUAUAAAAAGCGUAAAAUGCAUGAGAAUCGUCUGGCUGAAUAAAUUAUUUUAAAUAGUAAUUUUACUGUAUCUGAGAUUGUGAUGUAAGUAAUGAAUUGUAUAUUUGAGUUAUUACUAAUAAGAGUAAAUAAACAUGUUCUUUAUUAUAUAAGCUUUGUUACUAUCAAGUGAUUAAUUAAUCCUUGUUUAAUUUAAAAUUUUUCCUAAAUUAUAUAAAUUAAAAAAUGUGAACAUGUGAUUAUUAAUAAAUUUAGUAUUAAAAGUAACCAAAUAAUUGUAAGAAUUAGAAUAAUUUAAAACUAAUAU